ACUAAUACGGAUACAUGUACACUAGUAGGCUGUUACCAAGACGGGAAAGUGAGGUGAAGCGAGGAACUGCUUCUCGAGUCUCACGAUCGUAAACCACAGUGUUUAUGGAAUCGCAAAUACGGUCCCACACAGUCCAUGCUUGUUUGCAACCACGGUGAGACUUUUAGCCAGGGUUAGGGUCACAGGCCCGCACCGUUAUUGCAAUACCAGCACCAUUGAAGCUACCUACGUGGUAACCGCAUAUCACCGCCAUCAGUGUGCCUCUCAGGGCCGGACGAGAUAGAUGGCUCCACCGCCAGCUACUCCGGCGCCGUCCAGGUUCUUGCUAUCCAAGCGCCAACCCAGCCAGCCUCAAAACCAGACCCCGAGCCAACUUCCAAGCGGACCACAGCAAUUCAAUGCCACUCCGCGGUUCUCACUGUCUUCCACGCCUCGCCCUUCAUCAAACCUGGUCGGGGCGUUUACCACUCCAUCGACCCUUGGCGUGAAGGCGCGAUCCUCCAGGACCCACUCGGCCCACGAUGUCAUAGACAGUUCACCCGAGUCGCCCGACUCACCGGAAAGCUCCUCGCCGGGACCCACCGCCUAUCGCGGUUCCCCGGACCCCAUCGAGCUCGAGUCUCCCUUUGCAUCUCAGUCCUCGCCAGGAGAGCGACGUGAGGGCCCCCCAUCUCCGAAACGACGGCGCAUCACCAUCUCCCCGGAGCUGCUAGAACCAAGCUCGCCGCCGUAUCCCGACGACAACCCGCUGACGGCCCGAGGAUCCGACACCGACCCCCUGUCAGACCCGUCGGACGACGACCCCGGCCCACCCAGCCCGGACUCCGCCACGCACUACCCUGGCCACCUCAGCACCGGCGCGCACUCCUCACCGCACGACCCUCCCCCGCGAGCGCAACCCGCCGCCACCGCCGCCGCCGCCGCGCACCCGACCUUUCACAGGGCGCCGCGCUUCAGGGCAGCCGAGGCGCCCGCCUCGCGCCCGCAGUACCCGCUCCCGGACGCAUUCUCCCCCCAGCGUGGCCGGCGCCGCGGCGGCGGCGCAAAGUACGUUUCCGGCGGCCUGGCCGCCGAGCUGCGCGACUGGCUGGUCGAGGUUAAAGGAGGAGGGGGCGGGGACGCGGACCCGGCCGACGCACCCGUCUCCGCUGCCGUUCUGCCGGUGAUCGAGGUCGAGGAGGCGCGCCCGGGUCCCGGGAUGUGGUUGGUCCGCGGGUGGCAGCGGGUCCCGGACGGGGAGGGUGGAACGAGGUGCAUGGGCGUGCGUGCCAUGCUGGCUGGCGAGGGCCGCUUGUCUGGGCUGGGCAGGAGGAAUGAUGUUGUCGGGGGUUGUGUUGUGCGGGUUUCGCACCCUGUGUGGGAGGUCGAGCUGCGGGAUGGUAGGUGGUCUGUCGCUUGUGACUGGCAUGUUGUCGAGGAGGAUGGUGGCUAGCUUGGGUGGCUUUGCUCUAGGGAGGACCCUGAGUGGAUGGAAUCUUAACCUGUACAUAUAGUGCUGGCGGGACUGUGGAAGCAUGAUCUGGGGCUCUGAAUGUUGUCGGGGUGGAUUGCGUUGCUUUUCAACACCCGUUGCAAGUAUUUCUAAUAAGCAUCAUAGGCGUUAUUUUCAGGGCCCAAUACAUACGAGUAUCUCACGA